AUGGAUCCCUUACUCGCGAACCACGAGGUUCGCUCAAGCUACCGCAAGGCUCUUUCAGAAGUCCAAAGCACGGUUUACAGACUCAACACCCUCCAAAUCGACCCAGAAGAAGCAGAAAAGGCAGGUAUCCACCAGUUGCGCAUGUCUAAGGGGAAAUAUAUGUCGCUCGACCAAUCCUCACCCGACAGACCCUACUUCUUUACCACCUACCGGGGGAGCAUCGACAAGCUAAAUGACCCAGACAUCCUGGCGACUUGGUCAGACUAUCAGCCUGACAGCGAGAUAUCCUUGAACACCUACGGCAUAAGCCUUUUCUUUGCGUCCUAUCUGCGCGAAUCUGUGCUCGAGCAUCCUCCCGGCGUGUACUCUCAACAAUGGAGCGGCCUCAACUUCGGUAACUUGUUCGAAUCCCUCGAAACAGGAUAUCACUGGAAAGUCCACCGCACGUGCCUCGCGCUAACGACCUUUCGCAUGUCCACUGGGUCUGACGAGUCGCUCCCCCAUAUCAAAUGCCUAAUCGAGAGUGAAGCUAUCAGCGACGACCGUCUACUCCGUGGUGAGCUAAUGGCAAUUAUCAAGAUCAUGAUCGGUCGAUUGGAUACAAAAUCACUUGACACUCAUAUCGUUGCUCCCGUCAUGUUGUUGUCUGUGAUGGGCCCACAGCAUGUUCGGAUGCUGGAAACGUAUUUCAACGGCGUGGAACUUGUCGUUCGCCAGUCACGGCUUUAUGAUAUGAGAAAGUUUGAUCUUGGGGUUUUGGAGCGGUUUACUCGGUGGUGGUUCGGUUAUGCUGUUGGGGAGACGAAGGCGAUUGCAUAG